UCCAGGAAGUGAAGAACUGUUUACACAGGGCUGUGUCUGUGGCUCUACUGUAGCUCGGCUAAUGUUUCGGUUGUGGCACAGCACUAAAACAAGUCGGGUGACACUGUCGGGUUUAACCUGUAGAAACAUGUCUGCUCAGUGUGACGUUGAAAGCAACAGGUCGAUUCACUCGGACAGCCUCGAGGAGGUUCAUAACAUCCCGAUGAAUGUCAUCAUCAGACCGAUCCCCUCGGUGCUGGAUGAGCUGAAAGUUCAGAGUCUGAUGAACACCAUAAAGGACACAGCAGACAUCAGUGUUGUUCCUCCCAUCGAUGUGCUCUGGAUCAAAGGCAGUGAGGGAGGAAACUACUACUACUCUUUUGGAGGCUGUCACAGGUUUGCUGCGUAUCAGAGGCUGAACAUGCCGACCAUCCCGGCCAAGCUCGUCAGAUCAAACAUCUCAGACCUCAGGACUUACUUAGGGGCUUCAACUCCUGAUCUGCGGUGACGGCAGAGCUGCUUUAUGAGAGACUUUGCUCAGGUGGCUCACACACUCACACAGUUAUGACUCUCCCGUUAAAGCUGCAGAGCACAGGACUUACCAGCAGGGGGAAAUGUAACUCUUCAGUUAAACACAUGACCUUUGUCAUUGGAAACCACUGAAAUGUGAAUUAAAGGGUGAGUGUGUGUGUGUAAA